AUGUACAGAAACUAUGAUCCAACUGCUUCGCCAGCACUUUCACAUUAAUCAUAAGAUGAUUAUGAAUUAAAAAUCAAAUAAUUACUUAGAGCUAAUGAUAAACUUGUAUAUAUAAUGAAUUCAUUAUUAGAAUGCUGUUGUUAGAGAAGCACUUGCUGAGAAUGAAUAGCUAAAAGGAAAUAUUGAUGUGCUUUAUAAAGAAAAUAAGGAUCUUAAUAAACUAAAUAUUGAACUCUGCGAUUAGCUUGAAAGAAUUAAAAGAAAUACAAGAUAGCAUUCCAUUCAUGAUAAGACCAUAAAUGAUUAUGAAUAAGAAAUUACAUAACUCAAGUUAUUGCUACAAGAAAAACAAAAAGAGGUUAAUUCUUUUAAAAUUAGAUAUAAUGAAGACUUAUAAAUAAAGUUAGAUAUUGUAGAUAAAAGUACUAAUGUAUGAUAUUCAAUUUUAAUUUUUUAGUCUAAUAAAUUGAAGUAAUUGGAAGAGUAAAACUAACAAUUGAUUUAAGAAUUAGAUUUGAUAACUAAAAGACUCUUAGAGAGAGAUAAUGCAUAAGGGACUGUAGAUUAUGAAGAAUUAUUGAGAGAAAGAGAUUAAGAGAUUGAAAUACUAACUUAAUAAAUAAUACAAAUAUCUAAUAAUAAAUAAGUAAAACAAUUUGAUCCAAGUAGCGAUAAAAGAUAAAUAACUGAAACUGAAGAAUAUUAUGGUUAAAUAAUAAAAGAAUUAUAAGAGAAAAUUGAAUAAUUAAGAAUAAUAAUUAUAGAGAAGGAUGAUUAAUUGAAUCAAGGUUAAAAUCAAAAUUUACUAAUAGAAAUGGAAACAUUAUAAGUUUAAUUGAUAUAAUAUAAAAUUGAAAUUGAAGGAUAUAAAACAAGAAUGUAAUAUAUUCAAAAUGAAUUAUCAGAAAAGGAUCAUUUGAUUGAAGACUUAUAAAAUAUUAUUAAGGAUUUAACUAAAAAAAUUUAAAAUAGAUAAACAAAUGAUAUAUAAAAUCCUAUUUCACCAAAAAAUCAAAAUAAAAGUCCAAGUACUUCUUUUAACUAAAAUCCAAAUAAUGCUAAUAAAAAUUAAAGAAAUCCUGGAGAAGCAACCAAAAAUGCUACUGAUAUUUUCUAAUAAGAGGAAGAUAAUUAAGAUAAUUUUGAUUAGAAAGAUACUAAUGAAGAGAAAAAGAAAAAGAAGCACGGUUUGGAAGGUGGUAAAAAAAAAGAAGAUGAAGAUUCUAUCAAGGAUUUCUAAAAGAUUAUUGCAAAUUUAAAAGUAGAAAAUUAAAGAUUAUAAUAAGAAUUAAAUUAAGCAAUUUUUAAAAUAAAUCAAUAAGAUGCUUAAAUUAAUGAAAAAGAUAAAUAAUUAAGUUUGAUGGAAUUAAGAGAAAAAGAAAUUAGACAAUUAAAAGAAUAGUUAAAUAAAUAAUACAAAUUAGAAUAAGAAAAUAAAUAAUUAGAAAAAAAAGUAGGAGAAUUAGAAUAAAAAAUUUAAGAUUUAAUGCUUGAAAUUGAAAAUUAUGAUUCUGAUUAUAAAUUGAAUGAAAAAAAAUAAUCAAAGAAAGAGGCUGAUUAUUAAAAAGCACUUUAAAAGUAAAAGGAUGAAUUAUUGGCCAAUUAAAAGAAGAUAGAAUAAAUUAAUAAACAAAUGCAAGAUGAAAUUAACUUUUUUGAAGAUUAAAUGAAGGAUCUAUAAGAUUCUCUUAAAGUAAAAGAUCAAGAAGUAAAGAAACUUUAAGAAUAAAUUAAGGAAUUAACUAAAGCCUUAGAGAAAAGCAAUAAUUAAAGUGAUCAAAUUGAAAAAUUACAUUAAGAAGCAAAUUCUUAAACAUAAUUAUUAGAAGAGCUUGAAUAAAAGAUCUAAUAAUAAGAAUAUGAAAUUAAGACUAAAGAAUAAGAAAUUAAAAGAUUAAAAGAAAAGAAUAGAGAUUUGUAAUUAUACUAAUUAAAAUUAAAAGAUUAUGAAGAGAAUAUUAAUUCAUUAAAAUAAGAAAUAGAAAGACUUAAUACUAUUGAUAAAUAAUAGUAGGAGAAUAUUUAUAAAUUAGAAUAGAGUAAUAAAACUAAGGAUUAUUAAUUAUCUAAAUAUUUAGAAUAAACAAAAGAAAUGACAAAUAAAGUUAAAGAAUUAAAUGAUGAAAAAACAACUGAAAUAAGAAAAUUCAUAUUUCAAAAUGAAGAAUUAUAAGAAUAAAUUAGAAUCUUUGAAAUUGAAGUCAAAAAAUUAUAGGGAAAUAUCUAAGGUAAUUAGAGAACUCCAGAAAGAACAACAAAAUUAUAAUAAGAAUUAGAUGAUUUAUAUGAUAAAUUAAAUUAAUAAAUUGGAGAAAAUGGAGAUCUUAAAAUUUAAAUACAAAACCUUUCUACUUAAAUCAAGUUAAAAGAUCAAGAAAUUAAAAAAUUAAUAGAAAUAUAAUAAGAAAAGUAAUUAAAUUCAAAUAGAGAGAAUGAUUUAAAUAAAGAAAUUCAAGAACUAAAUCUAUAAAUAAAUAAAAAUGAAUUAAAUAUCAAAUAACUUUAAGAUUAAAUAAAUAAAUUAGAAAACUUAAUAAAAUACAAAGAUCAAUAAUUAAAAAAAAAUGAGAUUGAAAAAGAUAAUUGGAAGGAUAAUCUUACAAAAUUAGAAAAUCAGAUUGAGGAAUUAGAAACAUAAUAAUUAAGAGAAUUAAAAUAAUAAGAUAAAUAAAAUAAAGAAACUAUUAAAAAAUUAGAAAAUUAAUUAAAAUUAAAGGAACAUGAAUUAAAGAAGUUAUAAGAUGAAAAUAAGUUAUAAUAAGAGAAAAUUUAAAGUUUGGAGAAAAUGAUUGAAUAAAUUAAUGAUUAAUUUCAUAUAUCAUAAUAAUAAUUAAAUGAAGUAUAAUUGAAAUUUUAAUUAACAAUAAGGGAAAAAGAAUUUGAAAUAAAUAAAUUGAAAUAAAAAUUUGUUAAUUAGAAAUCACCUGAAAUUUAAGCAGAAAUUGAUUAAUUACAUUAAUAGAUAAUAGAGAAGGAAACAGAAAUAAUAAAAGUUAGAGAAGAUACUUAAGAAUUUACUUAAAAAAUCAGAAAUUAUGAAUUAGAUUUCAAAAAAUUCUAAGAAACAAUUAAAGAAUAUUAAAAAAAAUAAGAUAGAAAUUCUUAAUUAGAAAUCUUAAUUAGUGAACUCAAAAUAAAAGAUGAAACCAAUUAAGUUAAAAUUGAUGAUUAAAGUUCAACUAUCAAUAAUUAAGAUGCAAUGAUAUAAUCAAAAGAUUAAACAAUUAGAAAAUUAUAAGAAUAACAAAGAGAAUUUACAAAAAAAGGAGAUUAAUUAAUAACUGUAUAAAAGAAAUUGAUAGAAACUGAGCAGUAUUUGCAUGAAGUAUUGGAGAAUGAAAAUAUAAAUUAAGAAAAAAUUAAAUCUUUAGAGUAAUAGAUUAUUUUAAAAGAUUCAGAAUUGAAAAAAUUGAAGGAUUAAAUAAAAGAGAUUUAAAGGGAAAUUGAAAAACUAUAAGUUAAAUUAUAAGAAAAGGAAGAAUUAUAAUAAAAAAUUAUUUAACAAUAAAAUAAAAUUGAAGAUUUAGAAAAUUAGAUUGAUAAAUAGAAAUAAGAGAAUAAAAAGAAAUCUUAAGAAAAUUAGAUUUUGGAAGAAAAAGUAUAAUAACUUAAAAAGUUAGAAGAAAAAUAUAAAAAAUAAUAGAAUAUAAUUGAAGAAUAUAAAUAAAAUUAUGAAUAACUUGAAAAUAAAAUUAAGUUUUUAGAGGAACAAAUUUAAAUAGAUGAAGAUGAAAAAAUUAGUUUAGAAAGAGAAAUUGAAUUAUUGAAAAAAAAGUUAGAAGAAGAAAGGAAAUAAUUUGAAAACAAAUUAAAUUAAUAAGCUAAAAUUAAGGAUGAAAUUAUUACAAAAUUAAAAGAAAAAAUUUCAGAAUUAGAAAAAUUAGAAUCUCAACAUUUUGAAUUUACUUAAGAAGUUGAAGAUUUAAAAGAAGAGUAAAAGUCAAGAAAAAACAUUGAAUCUAAACUAUAAUCAGAGAAUAAUAUUUAUCAAAAAUAAAUUAAAUAACUUGAAUAAUAGAUUAAAUAAUUAUAAGAAAAGUUGAAAUCAGAAGAGUUAUCUAAUACAGUAUUACAUAAUGAUAUUGAAUAAAUUAAUUUAAAUAUCAAAAUUAAAGAUGAUAUUAUUUAUAAGUUAUAAGAAUAGAUUAAGAAAUUAGAGAUUUCUGUUAAAGAAAAAAAGUAGUAGAUCAAAUAAUUUAAAUAAGAUAUUUCAGAAAGAACAAGUUAGAUUUCAUAGAUAGAUUUAAUUGAUCGUGAAAAAGAGGAAUUAAAUGAUUAAAUUAGAUUAAAAGAGAAAGCUGAAGAAUCUCUAAAGUAAACAAUUAAUACACUUUAACAAUAAAUAUCUAAACUUACAAAAUAAGUUUAAUAAUUAACAUAAGAUAAAAUAGAGUUAUAGUAGUAAAUUGAUGGAUUAAUUGAUAUAGAGAAUUAAAUAAAACUUAAAGAAAUAGAAAUUUUAAGAUUAGUUUAAAUAGAAAAUGAUUAUAAUAGAUAAAAAGAAAAAGUGAAAACUUUGGAUAAGACUAUUACUGAUCAAACUCAAAAAAUUAAAAUCUUUUAAGAAUAUGAAAAAUAGACUGUCGAGUAAAUAAAAACAUAUGAAUAAGAUUUAGAUGAAAAAUCAGAAUCAAUACAAAAUUUGGACUAAGAAAUAAUUAAAUUAAAGUAAUAAAUAGAGGAUUAUUAGAAAUAAAUUACCAAAAUUUCAAAGGAGAAAGAAAAUGUAAAUUAGAAAGUUAAAUCAUCAGAAGUAACUCAAUAGAAGAAAAUAAAUUAAUUAGAGGAAUAGAAAAUAGAAUUAAUUAAUGACUUGCAAUCAUUAAAUGUUUAAGUAGAAGAUUUAUAAAGUCAACUUAAGGAACUUUAGUAAAGAUAUGAUCAAUUGAGGAAAGUAGAAAAAGAAAAAGAAGAUAUAAAAAAAACAACAGAUAAUAAUGAAAAGAAAUACAAAGAGUCAAUUAAGGAAUUAGAAAAAGAAGUUUAAAGACUUAAAGAGGAAAUGAUUAAACAAGAGAAUAACAAUUCUAAGGAGAUUGAAUAACAAAUUGAUAAAGCUAAAAAAUUGAAAUAAUAAAACAAUCAAUUAGAACAGACUAUUAAGAAUUUGUAAUAAAAUGAAAAGAAAUUAAAAUAACUAGAAGAGCAAUGUAAUUAAAUAAGUGAGAGAUCUUAAGAGAAAUUAAAUAAAAAAGAUUAAAUUAUAGAAGAUUUACAUAAAUAAAUAAAAAGUUUGAAUGAAUAGAUAAGUAAAUUGAAUUAAAAAUUAAAAUCUGAUUAUAUAGAAGAUGUCAUAGAAGAUAUUGGAGAAGAUGUUGAUGUAGAUUAAAAUAAUAAAACGAAAAAGAAAUACGAAAAGGAAGCAAAGAAGGAGAAAAAUGAAUAAAAAACAUAUCGUUAAUUGGAAAAAGAUAUUGAAAAAUUAACUUAAGAAAAUAUCGAUAAAACUAGAUAAAUCAAAUAAUUGGAGGAAUAACUCAAAAAAUAUUAAGAACUUAAUUAAAAAGAAACAACAGAGAAAUAGUAAAAGACUUAAAAAGAAAAUGAAUAGAAUUAGACAAUUAGAAAAUAAGAGAUAGAUAUUAAGAAAAAGGAUGAACAAAUAAAAAAAUUAUAAGAAGAUAUUUAAAAAAUAGAAAAAAAUUAUAAAGAAAAAGAAUAUAUAGAGUAAAUAAAAGUAUUGAAGUAAGAAAUAGAUUAAAGGACUGAAUAAAUUACAAAAUUAUAAGAUUAGAUUUAAAAAUUACAAAAAGAUAUUAAUACAUAAAAAUAAAAAGAUGAAAAAUAUAGUAAGACUGAAUAAGAAUUUAAAAAAAAAGAAGAAGAGAUAUCAAAAUUAAAAGAAAAAAUAGAAAAAGAUUAAAAGGAAAACAAUGAAAAAAAGUAGAAUGAAAAGAAUUAAAAUGAAAUAAUAAAAAAAUAACAAGAAGAAAUCAAAAAAAAAGAAGAAGAAAAUAAAAAAUUUAAGGAUUAAACUAAUGAAAACAACAAAUUAAAAGAUUAGAUAUCUAAAUUAGAAAAAGAGAAAUCUCUAACAGAUGAAAAGAUUAAAAAAUUAGAAGAUAAGAUAAAAGAUCUACAAAAAUAAAUUGAAGAUUAAAAACAAAAAACCCCAACAAAAAAUAGAGAUGAACCUUUUGGAAAUGAUAAAUAAGGAUAAUCUGAUAAAAAGCCAGGUUAAUAAACUGAUUCUAAAUAUAAAGAAAUUAUAAUUAAAUUAGAAAAGCAAAUAGAUGACUUAAAAAUUCAUAUUAUUUAUUUAGAAAGUUUAUUAAAAUAACAUGGUUAUGAUCCAAAUAAAUUAAAACCAGGUAAAACAGAUAUUGAUUCAAAAAAUUUGACACCUAAAAAAGAUGAUAAUAAAAAUGAUUAUCCUGAUUUAUAAUAAGUCAAUGUUGUUAAUGUAAUAAAUAAAUUAUUAAUAUUUAUUAGAUUAGAAGAUUAAUGGCAGAAUAUAAAUAUGAGAAAGAUAGAUAUGAAAAUAAAGUUGUUUAAUAUACUGAUGAACUUAUCAAAUAAAAUCAUUUAGAAAAAGAUGCAGAAGAAAAAAUUAAAUGCCUUGAAGAUGAUCAAUUUAUUUACAAUGAUCCUGAUGACAAAGAACCAAAAGUAUAUGUUAUCAAAAAUGAUGGUGGAUCAAAUAAAAAAGUCAAAUGAA